ACACACCAACGCAAACAAAAUUAUAGUUUUUUUUCCCCGGAAAAUGAGUCUUGAAAUGAGCAAUAUAAAUGGAGGAAACGGCACCCAAGGCUCUCACGACAAACGUGAGUUGCUCUGUCUGCUGAAGCUGAUCAAGAAGUAUCAGUUGAAGAGCACGGAGGAGCUGCUCUGUCAGGAGGCGAAUGUGAACAGUGCGGACUUAGCGGAGAUCAGCGAGAGCGAUGUGCAAAAGGUGCUCGGCGCUGCCUUGGGACUGGGUGAUAAGGAGCGGGAACGUGUUCCAGCUCUGCCGCAGCCGCCAAAACAAUCGGCCGUGACCGAGACCAAUGCGGCAGAGGCGCUGGCCAAGUUCAUCGGCGACGACAGCUUCGACGCCCAGCAGUACGAGCAAGCCUACCAGGAACUACGCACCUUUGUGGAGGACUCCCUGGACAUAUACAAGCACGAACUGUCCAUGGUGCUGUACCCCAUCCUAGUGCAGAUUUACUUCAAAAUGCUCGCUAGCGGCCUCAGGGACAAAGCGAAGGACUUCAUUGAGAAAUACAAGUCCGAUCUCGACGGAUACUACAUCGAGGGGCUGUUCAACCUUUUGCUGCUGUCCAAGCCGGAGGAGCUGCUGGAGAACGAUCUGGUAGCCGCUAUGGAAACAGACCGGUUUGUCAUACGCAUGUCGAGGGACUCCCACUCGCUUUUUAAGCGCCACAUUCAGGAUCGCCGGCAGGAGGUGGUUGCGGAUAUUGUGUCCAAGUACCUCCACUUCGAUACCUAUGAGGGCAUGGCUCGCAAUAAGCUACAGUGUGUGGCUACGGCGGGCUCCCACAUAGGCGAGGCCAAGCGGCAAGACAACAAGAUGCGUGUCUACUAUGGUCUGCUCAAGGAGGUUGACUUUCAGACUCUGACAACACCAGCGCCUGCGCCGGAGGAAGAGGACGACGACCCGGAUGCUCCGGAUCGCCCGAAAAAAAAACCCAAAAAGGAUCCGCUGCUAUCGAAGAAAUCCAAGUCGGAUCCAAACGCCCCAUCGAUUGACAGGAUACCCCUGCCGGAACUAAAGGAUUCAGACAAGUUGCUGAAGCUGAGAGCCCUGAGGGAAGCUAGCAAGCGUCUGGCGCUUAGCAAGGAUCAGCUGCCUUCCGCUGUCUUCUACACGGUUCUAAACUCGCACCAGGGCGUAACCUGCGCCGAGAUCUCAGACGAUUCAACGAUGCUGGCCUGCGGAUUCGGGGACUCCAGUGUGAGGAUCUGGUCCCUGACACCCGCCAAGCUGCGUGCCCUCAAGGACGCGGACGCGCUGAGGGAGCUGGACAAGGAGUCCGCCGAUAUCAAUGUGCGGAUGCUUGACGACCGAAGCGGAGAGUCAACCAGGAGUUUUCUGGGGCACACCGGCCCAGUUUACCGCUGCGCCUUUGCGCCUGAGAUGAACCUGCUCCUGUCGUGCUCGGAGGACGGCACGAUACGACUGUGGUCCCUACUCACCUGGUCCUGCGUGGUCACCUAUCGGGGUCACGUCUACCCGGUGUGGGAUGUGCGCUUUGCUCCUCAUGGCUACUACUUCGUCUCUUGCUCUUACGACAAAACGGCACGCCUUUGGGCUACGGACUCCAAUCAAGCUUUACGUGUGUUUGUGGGCCAUCUGUCCGACGUGGACUGUGUGCAGUUCCAUCCGAAUUCCAACUACGUGGCCACCGGAUCCAGCGAUCGCACAGUGCGCUUGUGGGACAACAUGACAGGCCAGUCAGUGCGCCUGAUGACGGGUCACAAAGGAUCGGUGAGCUCGCUAGCCUUCUCAGCAUGCGGCCGGUAUCUAGCUUCCGGAUCAGUGGAUCAUAACAUCAUAAUCUGGGAUCUGUCGAGCGGAGCUCUGGUUACCACCCUCCUAAGGCACACCAGCACCGUGUCCACGAUUACCUUCAGCCGGGACGGCACUAUACUUGCAGCCGCUGGUCUGGACAACAACUUGACUCUGUGGGACUUCCACAAGGUCACCGAGGACUAUAUCAGCAAUCACAUUACGGUGUCGCACCACCAGGACGAGAACGACGAGGAUGUGUACCUGCUGCGCACAUUCCCCAGCAAGAACUCUCCGUUCGUCACCCUGCACUUUACGCGCCGCAAUCUCCUGAUGUGCGUGGGUCUCUUCAAGAGCUAGGCUUAGUCGGUAUAAGUAACGUAGAUGUAAGUAAUGCACGAAAUAUGUCUAGGAUUAAAGUCGUAUUAUCAGUUUUUCCACGCUCGGAAGGAGCAAGUGUCUUACCCGUUUAAGAACCACAGUUUUGAUUUUUUUAACUGUUCACGACCAUUUAGAUUUAAAGUUUAUUAAUAAAGAUCAAUGCAAUGCCCUCUCGGGAAUUUUGCAUUGCUAAAUAAGAGA